UUUAUUUCUCUCAUUUGUUUAGAAAAAAAGCUUUCAUUUUCAUCUCCAACAAUCUCGGCAUUAAGAUUUAAGCACCAUCCAAAAUUUUCCCUAUAGUUUCUGCUCAAACUUCGGUUAUAUCUUAGUAGUUAGUAAUAUUCUACAAAUCAGAAUUUUUUUCAAAUUCAUUUUAAUUUCUAAGAAUUUUAGUCAAUGCCCUUAACUUAUACUUCUAAGUCAUUACCUUUCACCUUUCUCUUUGCUUAUAAUGAAGAAAUUUUCAUGGCUUGUUUUAAACUCCACUAACAAUUAUAAACCCAUUGUUUUUCCAUGGGUUUAAACCCCUAAACCCAUCUUUCUAUCCCUAAUACUAUUGCUCUUAAGGAUAUAGUUCCUUAAACAUGCAAAAUUUUAGCAAUUUGAAAUGGGUUUUUCCAUGGAGUUUCAUUGUUCAUGUAUUUGGUUCCAUUCUCCGGUUCUUUUUGAGAUUUUUCAGUGAAAAUUUUGUUGAAAAGGGUUCUAUUUUGGAUGAUUUUUGUGAUGGGAAGAGUAUUGAAAAUGAUAAUGAAGAGAUGGAUUGUGAUCAAAUUGAGGAGAAAGAGGUAGAAACUGUGUACUAUACAAGCAAUACAAGUAAAUAUUUAUCUUCUUCUGGAAAUAGUGUAUGUGCAUUCAUCGAAGAACCUCAAAAUAUGCACUUUAGGGUUCAAGAAAUAUUCAUGAUUUCCCAAAAUAAUUCUUCUCCUAAGAAAGAUGAUACUUCUUUUGAGGUCAUUUCAGGGCAGUGUUCUGUUGAUUUUGAUAAUAACUCGUUUAAUCAUGAUCUUAGGGUUGAUUUCUGUUCUUUGGAACAUAAUGAUUGUCAUGAGUUUAGUGAAGAAAUGGGUGUAAAACAGAAUGAAACAGAUUUCUCUGAUUUUGGUCUUAGUUUGGAAGAACAAGAUGAAAAGAUUGAUCAAAAAGAUGAAAUUAUAGAGAAGAAAGAAUUUUGCGAUGAAGUUCAUUCAUCUAUAUCAAAUAGUGAUGAUUUUUGGGCUAUCAUUCAUGAAUAUGAUUGUUUCUUAGAUAAAAAUGAUGAAUUAGAUUCUUGUUUUGAUGAAAUAUUGGAUGAAACAAAUUAUGAUGAGGCAAUGGAGUUUGAAAAGGUAAAUUAUGAUCAAGAUAAUCCAAAGUCAAUAGAAGAUUCUAGAAACAAUGUAGAAGAGAAUUUGACAAAAGAUGAAAUUUCAAAUCUUGAUAUUGAUAAGGAAAGUGUGUUGGAAGACUCAAACAAUGGUGAAGAAGAUGAUCAAAUAAAGACAAGUGAUAUUAUAAUGGCACAAAGGGAAUUGAUUAGGCAAAUGAAAAAGGAAAUAAGGCAAUUGAAGGUAUGUGGGCUUCCCACUAUCUUGGAAGAAUUAGAGUCUCCAAGAAUGGAAGAAGAUUUGAGGCCAUUGAAGAUUGAUAAGAGAAUGGGACAUAAAGAUAGAAUGCAAGAGAUUCAUACCUUCUAUAGGAUGUACUUGGACAAGAUGAAGAAAUUGGAUAUUUUGAGUCAUCAAACUAUGUAUGCUAUUGAGCUUCUGCAGUUGAAAUACCAAAAAAUGACCUCAAACAAAAAAGUGAAAAUUCCAGUGAUGAAGUCUUUUGUAGCUCAAAACUUUUGGUUUAACAAGCUAAGAAAGCAUGAAUCAGAACCAGUUGAGAAAUUAAUUAGAGAUUUAGAAAGAGAGUUGGAAUUAGCUUAUGUUGGUCAGCUUUGCUUAUCAUGGGAAAUGUUGAAAUGGCAAUAUUAUAAAGCUGAAGAGCUACAAGUUCAUGAUCCUGAUGGGUUUUAUCAACACAAUCAAGUUGCUGGAGAGUUCCAGAAGUUUCAAGUGUUAUUGCAAAGAUUCACUGAGGAUGAGCCAUUUCAGCAUGCUUCUCGAGUCCCACAUUAUGUAAAGACCCGUUCUGAUCUUCCUGCCUUUCUUCAAGUUCCCCUUAUUAAAGAUGAUCCCAAGAAUGAAAGGGGAAAAAAUGGGGAAGAUGGAAUCUCAAUCAAAAUGCUUAAGGAAGUGAUAGCAUCAUCAAUGUGUUCAUAUUCAGAAUUUGUCCAUGCUGAUAAAAUUGAAGCCUGCACAUUUUUUCUGAUGGGUAUUCAUGGACUUGAUCAGGUCAUUCUCCAACAUCCUUCCGACACAGAAUUGCUUACGGAGAUUCGCUCCAUUCUUCAAAAGAAGGAGAAAAGGCUGAAGGACCUAGUAAGAGCUGGGAACUGCUUAGUGCGAAAGUUCCAGAAACAACAAGAUCAAAAACUAAGUCACGAGAUGAUCGUUGCACAGGUUGAGCUCCGGUUAGUCGCUCGAGUGUUGAGUAUGCCGAAAUUGAGUACUGAUCAACUGUUAUGGUGCCAUAAGAGAUUGUACAAGAUUGAUAUUAUUGAUAGAAAUAUAAACAUAGACUACACCUUUUUGCUGUUUCCUUGUUAAUAAUCAUGGGUUAGUAUUUUAAGUAGAUGUUGUGUAUUUGCUAAGGUAUGUUAUAGGAUCCAACACAUAUGUAAUAUGUAUAGAUAGAAUGGGAGUACUUGGCUUUGUAAAGUACCAAGGAUGUUUUAUGAAAUCCUUGGGUGUCAUUUUGCUGCUUAGAUGGUUUAGAGAUAAAUAAAGCCCAUGAUUUUUGUGCAAUAAAAUGGAUUAAAUUAAGGUCUUUUGGUA